ACCAGGACACUUGGUCCGGUCCAGUUAGCAAAGCGAACUGUAAACCCGACCGAAGCAAUCCCUCCAAACCACCGCGGCGGGAAAAUGGUAAAUUGGAUAGCUAAUUGGCGGGAACAAAUCGAAGCUCCAAAAAUUCACAUAUAAAUGCAAGUCCUCACUACCUAGACCAUUUUCCCAAAUUUCAAAACUACCGACUCGAAGAAAAAUGGGGAAGAGAAAGAAAGCUAGGGUUUCUGAGCAGAAGCAGCAACCACCACCACAAGUCGAAGACGAAGAAGAAGAGCACGAACGGAGCGACGAAGAUCGCGACCCCCCGACUUCCACCAACGAGAAGAGCCUCUAUGAGGUUCUUGGCGUGGAGAGAAGCGCUACUCAGCAGGAAAUAAAGAAAGCGUACCAUAAAUUAGCAUUGCGAUUGCAUCCGGAUAAGAAUCCCGGUGAUGAGGAAGCUAAAGAAAAGUUUCAGCAAUUGCAAAAGGUGAUAUCGAUUCUCGGGGAUGAGGAGAAACGAGCACUCUAUGACGAGACGGGUUGCCUUGAUGAUGAUGACCUUGCUGGUGAUGUUGUUCAGAAUCUGCAUGAAUAUUUCCGGGUCAUAUAUAAAAAGGUCACCGAAGCUGAUAUCGAAGAAUUUGAAGCAAACUACAGGGGAUCUGAUUCCGAGAAGAAAGAUUUGAUUGAUCUGUAUAGCCAGUGCAAGGGGAAUAUGAACAGACUAUUCUGUUCGAUGAUAUGUUCUGAUCCUAAACUCGAUUCACACCGCUUCAAGGAUAUCCUUGAUGAGGCAAUAGCUGCAGGAGAACUGAAAUCAACCAAAGCCUACAUGAAAUGGGCAAAGAAAGUAUCUGAAACAAAACCUCCUACCAGCCCUUUAAGGAGAAAGACCAAGGCAAAGAAACAGACAGAAGAUCUGUAUGCAAUCAUAUCUCAGCGCCGCAGUGAGAGGAAAAACCAGUUUGAUUCGAUGUUUUCUUCUCUAGUUUCCAGAUACGGGGGGAACACUUCUUCUUCAGAACCCACGGAAGAAGAAUUUGAGGCUACACAGAAAAAACUUGAAAGAAAAAGGUCCUCCACGAAAUCAAAGCGCAAGUAAUUCAAGCUGCCAGAGCGAGAACUUUACUCUAUCAGACCGAUGUUGUGCACGUUGAAAACACUAGCGCCUUUUGUUCAACUGUUUAAACGUACCUGCAAAAUUGUGUUCGAGCUCUGUUCAUGGAUUUAAGUGCGUUUGCCUGACCUAAUGUGCUCGUGAUCAGUUAAUCGAUCCUUUUCUUUUUGGAAAACUUAUUCCCCCGUAUCAACUAUCAACUAUCAACCAUUGUUAGUUGAUACGGGAUGUACAAAGAAGCCUUUGCUGUUUUAUCGCGCUAUUGAGCUUUGGACUUUUCA